GCACAUCUCCCCUCUCCCACCUCCCUCCGGAAGUCCGGAUCGAUCUUCAUCUUCUCCUCUACCGGCGACGCGUCUCGUUCAUCUCAGCUACCGGAAGAGGCGACCGAGUCGAGCCGAAUCAAGCAUGCAGGCGGUGGCGGGCGUGCGGCGGGGGCUGACGAUCGAUCCGGCGGGGGAGGAGGAGCCGCCCGCGGCGCGGUUCGGGCGGCUGGUCCGCGAGAUCCCCGUCGUCGUCUUCGCGCGCCGCGGCUGCUACAUGGCGCACGUCAUGCGGAGCCUCCUCGCCGCCGUCGGCGCGCACGCCACCGUCGUCGAGCUCGACGGAGCCGCCGAGGAGCUCGCGGCGGCGGAGGGCGGCGCAGCCGGCGUGCCGGCGCUCUUCGUCGGCGGCGCCCCCGUCGGCGGGCUCGAGGGCCUCAUGGGGCUCCACCUCAGCGGCCGCCUCGUCCCGCGCCUCCAAGAGGCCGGCGCCAUCGCCGCCUACCCAUAGCUGCUGCUGCUGCUUCUUCUUCUUCUUCUUCCCCUCCGGCGCGCGCUUCUCUUCUCUUCUCCUCUCCGCCGUCGUCUAUGUACAUAUGGAAAAACAACCAUGAGGGUGCUCUGUAAUUCGCAGACUUUAGAGGGAGCGAGAAGGAAACGUACACGAUAAAUAAGCUGUACCGCCACUGCCAAAAGGGUGGCUCUGGGUUCGGGAUGUCUCUAGGGGGAACUACAGGGGGGCUUUAUGACAAACGGUUGGACCAAAAUGUGAUUAUUACUUUUACUUAGAACUGUUCCAGUAUUUAGUUCCACACCAGCUAGCUCCAACUUGUAGCUGUGUUCGUGUUUCAAAUCCCUCUUGGCCACUUGUUUAAAAUCGUCCUGCUUCUAUUU